GACGGUUGGGAGAAUUAAAGAGUGGAAAAAAUGCAUGGGAGCUAAGCUACGGGGUUUAUGGAUGGGAUGGGAUUUUGAAAGAUGGAAACGGUGUCGUUUCAUAUUACCCAUUCCACAUUCUGCAAACCUAAUGGCAACAGCUGCUAACUUCCGCUCCUCUGCCUCUCGUUCGUUCCCAAAUCCCAACCCUCGCCGUUUCUUUUUAUCUAGCCGCCGGCGCGACGUCAGCUUUUAGUUGCGGGUGUACGCACAGGUGACCGAUGGGGUUGGUUUCUGCGAGAAGGCGAUAGAUAAGGAAACAGGUCGCCGCGAGAAGUCGAGACUCGAGACCGCCAUUGGGGUAAUUGGAAAGCGAAUGACGAGACGGCGAUGACAGCACAAUUGCAGAGGAGCUUCUUAUCCAUCUCCUCCGCUUCCUCUUUUCUCUUGCCUACGCCGUCGUCUUCUCCCUUGCUAGCUUUGCGGUUUAAUUCCCUGAUGAUGAUGUCCAAGUGUGGGACGCUGCAGAAUGUCGCCGGAUUCAGGUUGUUGUCUACUUCCCAAUUUGUGACUCGUCAGAGGUGUAGGAACUUCACGCAAGUUAGAGUUAGAGCGCCCAGAUUGUUGUCGGGGACGGUUUCACAAGACGUGGCUGAUGCAUGUAUCUCUGGAUAUCCUCGACUUGUUACGCCCAAGACUACCUCAUGUUGCUGGGCUUUGAAUCGAGAGGUUGGGUUCACUGUGCAUGGUUAUGGAGGUAUCUCGACGAGGCAUUUCUCUCAAUCACCGGAAGCGGCUGAAAAGGAUUUCACUAGGGGUAAACGUUCUGAGUUGUUUAAGGCUUGGGCUGCGAAGGGGAAGAAUAAAACUGCUAAGACGAGCGUCUCAACCUCCAAUGACGUCGAGGCCUUGAAUUCAAGCGAUCGUACAAAUGGAAGUGUGUCUCUUGAAUCAUUUGUUCCAAGCUCUGCUGUUGCUGAGGCUCCCCAAGUCAAUGGCAAACCGAAGGCAAGAAGCAAGAAAGGCAAACUUCAGCUUUCUGCUCCUGCUGAUUCUGCCAAAGCUAGUUCAGAAGAGAACAAGUCAACUGAAAAGGCAUCCGAAAAACUGCUGGAUGCUUCAGCUUCUACAAAACAGAAGGUCAAUAAGAAAAGUAGCAACUCACGGAGGAAGGGCAAAUCAGCAACUGUUGCUGAUGAGUCAGUUGAGAAGCAAAAACCUCAGCACAUAGGCAACUUGAAGCCUCCUAAACAAGGGACCCUGAAGCCGUUGUAUCCUCCUACUGGGAAAUCUGUUGUAAUUGUUGAAUCUGUUACAAAGGCAAAGGUCAUUCAAGGCUAUCUUGGCAGUAUGUAUGAAGUAUUGCCUAGUUACGGCCAUGUUCGGGACUUAGCCGCAAGGUCAGGAUCCGUUCGCCCUGAUGAAGACUUCAGUAUGGUGUGGGAGGUUCCAUCUGCUGCCUGGACUUAUCUCAAGAGCAUUAAAGUCGCUCUAAGUGGAGCAGAAAAUCUUAUUCUUGCAUCAGACCCUGAUCGUGAAGGAGAGGCUAUUGCUUGGCAUAUUACUGAGAUGCUGCUGCAGCAGGAUGCCCUGCAUGAAGGUAUCAAUGUCGGAAGGGUUGUCUUCCAUGAAAUAACAGAGGGGUCCAUUAAAAGUGCUUUGCAAGCUCCAAGGCAUAUUGAUGUGAAUUUAGUACAUGCUUACCUAGCAAGACGUGCUCUUGAUUAUCUGAUUGGAUUCAACAUUUCACCAUUAUUAUGGAGGAAAUUACCUGGGUGCCAAUCAGCAGGGCGUGUGCAAUCAGCUGCCCUUGCCCUUAUUUCUGAUAGGGAGGCUGAAAUUGACGAGUUUAAGCCACAGGAAUAUUGGAGUAUUGAGGCUAAGUUGAACAAAGAAGUACCAGGUGCUUCAAUCAAUGCACGCUUGACCUGUUUUGAUUCCAAAAAGCUGAAUCAGUUCUCGUUUAGUUCUGGUAAGGAGGUAGCUGAGGUUGAACAGAAGAUUAAAGCUACAAAAUUCGAGGUAGUUGGCUGUAAAAAAGGACAAAUGCGAAGAAACCCUCCUACUCCAUACAUAACGUCAACGCUUCAGCAAGAUGCAGCUAACAAAUUACAGUUCAACACAUCAUACACUAUGAAGCUUGCACAAAAACUCUAUGAAGGGAUUGAGUUAUCAGACGGGGAGACUACGGGAUUGAUUACAUAUACCAGAACUGACGGUCUGCAUAUUUCAGAUUAUGCUCUCAAGGAUAUACGCUCUCUGAUCACUGAAAGUUAUGGCCCAGAUUUUGCAUCAGCGAAUGCACGCAAGUAUUUUAAGAAGGUGAAGAAUGCACAAGAGGCCCAUGAAGCAAUCAGACCCACUGACGUUCAGAUUCUACCCUCAAUGCUGGCUGGUGUUCUUGAUGAGGAUGCAUUGAAGUUGUACACUCUCAUAUGGUCACGCAGUGUGGCAUGCCAAAUGGAGCCUGCUACAAUUGAACAGUUGCAAUUGGACAUUGGAAAUGCUAGCAAGUCAAUCAUAUUUCGAUCUUCGUGUUCAAGGGUUGCAUUUCGGGGCUACCAAGCAGUUUAUCAGGAUGUCGAAACUAGACUUCUAAGAGGCAAAGAAGAUGAAGAGGACCCUCAACAAGAAGCUUCUGGGGUUCUCUACUCUCUGAAGGCAGGGGAUUCCAUAUCCAUUGAUGCAGUGGAAUCCAAGCAGCAUUUCACUCAGCCUCCACCGCGCUAUUCAGAAGCAUCAUUGAUAAAGAAGCUCGAGGAACUUGGGAUUGGAAGACCUUCAACUUAUGCCAGCACAUUAAAAGUUUUACAGGACAGGAAAUAUGUGUUAAUGAAAAGCCGUGUGAUGUACCCAGAAUUUCGUGGUCGAAUGGUCUCAGCAUUCCUCUCGAACUAUUUUACGGAGGUCACAGAUUACAGCUUUACUGCUGAUAUGGAGACUGAGCUUGAUAAUGUUUCUGCUGGACUUACUGAAUGGAAAGGUCUUCUCAGAGAUUAUUGGACAAGAUUUAGCUCAUACUGCAGCCAUACUGAAAAUGUCCACAUUCAUCAGGUGGAGAAAAUGUUAGAAAAAAAGUUUGGUGACCAUUUGUUUGGCUCACUCCGUUCCGAGAGCAGGACAUGCCCCAGUUGUAUGGAGGGCACUUUGAUUUUCAAAUUGAGUAGGUAUGGUGCAGGUUACUUCAUCGGCUGUGAUCAACAUCCAAAGUGCAAGUACAUUGCCAAGACAUUGCUUGGAGAUGAAGAAGAUGAAGAACCUCCCCAAAAUGUUGGUACCGUGGAGGAGCCAAAAGUAUUAGGUCUUCAUCCAAUUUCCAAGGAAAAGAUUUUGUUGAAGAAAGGUCCUUAUGGAUUCUACAUUCAGCUUGGGGAAGAUAAGAAGGACUAUAUCCCUAAACGAACAUCCUUAUCCCAUGUAAAGGAGGUGGAUGCCAUUACACUGGAAGAGGCUCUAAAGUUAUUGCGCUACCCAUUGACAUUGGGAGACCACCCAAAGGACGGGCAUCCCAUAAUAUUAAAGCUUUCAAAGAAUGGGUUUAAUAUUAGACAUCGACGCACAAUUGCUUCCCUCCCCAAGAACGUAGACCCAAACGAUGUAACUGUGGAGAAAGCAAUGGAGUAUUUGUCAAGUAACGAUGUGAGAAGAAGCGGACGACCCAAGAGGCAACCCAAGGUUGAAGAAGCAGCAGCAGUGGAAGCAACCAGACGAAUAAGCAGAAGUGCAAACUGCUUUUCACUGAAAUGACCCCAAGGCAAAUGCAAGUUCAGCUGCACAACCCCAGGAACUCGACGAAGGACAAGGGUCGGGCUGUGCACCUUUCGACAAGAAGCUCGAUCGAUAGAUCUUCUACGUACUUCAUAACACCGGAGGGGGAGAGACGCAGAGAGUCUGUGUGUGAAUCUCACCGAUCGAUCACCAUCGCAUGCACCUGAGGUGAUAUGCAACAGAGAUUAAAACAGCAGCAGCAGCAACAGCAGGCACUAAUGCAGCAAGCUUUACUUCAACAGCAACACAUGUACCACCCCGGUGUACUCGCCGCCGCAGCUAUGUCACAGAUGGAACCAAUUCCUAGUGGCAAUCUACCUCCUGGAUUCGACUCGUCCACGUGUCGUAGCGUCUAUGUAGGAAACAUCCAUGUCAAUGUGACUGAGAAACUGCUCGCUGAAGUUUUCCAGACUGCUGGCCCUUUAGCAGGAUGCAAGCUUAUCAGAAAGGAGAAGUCGUCGUAUGGGUUUGUCGAUUAUCACGAUCGAUCUUCUGCAGCCAUUGCAAUCAUGUCACUGCAUGGAAGGCAGCUUUACGGGCAAGCAUUGAAGGUGAAUUGGGCAUACGCGAACAGUCAACGAGAGGAUACCUCAGGGCAUUUCCACAUAUUCGUGGGAGACUUGAGCCCGGAGGUUACUGAUGCGACGCUGUAUGCCUGCUUCUCGGUCUAUCCCAGUUGCUCUGAUGCAAGAGUGAUGUGGGAUCACAAGACCGGUCGAUCCAAAGGAUACGGUUUCGUCUCCUUUCGUAAUCAGCAGGAUGCACAAGGUGCCAUCAAUGAUCUAACUGGUAAAUGGCUUGGGAAUAGGCAAAUAAGAUGCAAUUGGGCCACUAAAGGGACAGCAUCCAACGAUGACAAACAGAGCAGUGACAACCAAAAUGCAGUUGUGCUUACUAGUGGAUCUUCAGAGGGAGGUCAAGAAACUAGCAAUGAGGAGGCUCCUGAGAAUAAUCCGGCCUACACCACAGUCUACGUCGGUAACCUUUCACAUGAGGUUACUCAAGCCGAGUUACAUUGUCAUUUCCAUGCGCUUGGAGUCGGGGUGAUCGAAGAGGUUCGAGUUCAGAGGGACAAAGGUUUCGGAUUUGUGAGGUACAACACCCACGAAGAAGCCGCUUCAGCCAUUCGAAUGGGGAACGGCAAGAUCGUCCAUGGGAAACCCAUGAAGUGCUCAUGGGGGAGCAAGCCGACUCCGCCGGGAACAGCUUCGAACCCUCUGCCGCCUCCAGCACCACAACCGUACCAAAUCCUGCCUUCAACUACACUCAACCAAGGCUACUCUCCGGCGGAUCUACUAGUGUACCAACGGCAGCUGGCGUUGAGCCAAGCAGCCGCAUCUGGGCUUUCGGGGCAGGCCCUUGUACAGUUGACUGGACAGCAUGGGCUGGCCGCGGCUUCGAUGGGCCUGGGCUCGGCUGGCUCGCAAGCCCUGUACGAUGGAUACGGCAAUAGUACCACGGGCCAGCAGCUUAUGUACUAUCGUUAGUUCUUAAUCACGUUCUGUUCGUUAAACAUUUUGAGUACCUUUUCUUCUUUUCUUGAGUUUUUUUUUCCCCCGGCUGUUAUUCUGAUCUUUUCUCAGGUACGUACCUUGCAUGGUACUUUAUUUUUUUGAGUAAGUUUUGAAUGUGAUUGUAUUUUUAUAUUUUAUUUAUUGAUUUUAUGGACUUAUAUGAUGUUGUAUUAAUUAAUUAGGUUCUGUUAUAAGUUAUAAUUUAGAUGGUCAUGUUUGUUGUAUAUAAUUUAUAACACUUGCAAGAAUAAUGA